CUCAAAUACGUCCGCUCUGCACCGUCAUUUGAGGAGCAGAACCUCGCCGCCUGUCACCUCACCGGAGACCAGAUUUAUUAUAAAGCUGUCCGGGACAUUGACGCAGGGGAGGAGCUCUUAGUGUAUAUGAAGGACGGAAUUUUCCCCGAGGGAUCCAUGGCACCCAACCUACAAGAUGAGCAGAUGUACCGCUGUGAAGACUGUGAUGAGCUGUUCUCCUCAACACUUGAGCUGCGGCGGCACCAGAAGUACUCGUGCUCCAGUUCCGGCUCCAUCUUUGACACACUGAGAGAGGACUUCAAACAGGAACGCGAGGACAGCGACGAGCCUGUCCACGAGUGUAAAGACUGUGAGAAGAUCUUCCCAAAUGAGUACAGUCUGGGCCAACACAUGAUAGUCCAUACAGAGGAGAGGGAGUACAAGUGUGACCAGUGCCCCAAAGCCUUCAACUGGAAGUCCAACCUCAUCCGUCACCAGAUGUCACAUGACAGUGGCAAGCGCUUUGAGUGUGAAAACUGUGAUAAGGUACAGCAUACCCGGCACGUGUUCACAGAUCCCAGCAACCUUCAGCGCCACAUCCGCUCCCAGCACGUGGGGGCGCGCGCUCACACAUGUCCUGAGUGUGGCAAGACUUUUGCCACCUCGUCAGGCCUCAAACAGCAUAAGCACAUCCACAGCAGUGUCAAACCCUUUAUCUGCCCUGAUGGGCUGCGUCUUUUUGCUCCCCCAGGCGAGGUGUGCCACAAGUCCUACACCCAGUUCUCCAAUCUCUGCCGCCACAAGCGUAUGCAUGCUGACUGCCGCACCCAGAUUAAGUGUAAGGACUGUGGGCAGUUGUUCAGCACUACCUCCUCCCUCAACAAGCAUCGCCGCUUCUGUGAAGGCAAAAACCAUUAUGGCUCGCCGGCAGGGAUGUUCAACCCUGGCAUUCCCAUGAGCUCCAGCCCCAUCAUGGCCAAGGCCAAGUCCCACCAUCCCCACCUUCAAGGUCUAAACCAGUCAGGUUUAGGCUUCACUGACUACUUUCCCUCCCGACCUCACCCUCACGCUGGCUUGCCCUUCUCCCCAGGACCCCAUGGCUUCCCAUCCCUCCCUCAUGGUUUCCCAGGUAUCUUCUCCCCAUCACUGUAUCCACGACCACCUUUAUUGCCGGCUAGUCCGUUGCUAAAGCAGUCAGGAGGCAGUCAGGAGGUGAAACUGCCUCGGAGUCCCCUAGAUGUCCCUCCACUGUCCCUGGUUAGCUCCACAAACAGCAAUGGAGGUUACAGUUUGAGUCAGCUGGAAGACAGAGAAAAAGAGAACAAACUAGAUUUUUCUUCUGGAGAGGCCAAGCCAAAAUCUAAGAUGGCAGACAUGUCUGACGCUAGUGACCUUGAAGAUGUUAAUACCACAAGUGGGACAGAUUUGGACACCACCACUGGUACUGCUUCAGGUGAUGGUUCUGACCUGGAGAGCGAUGGAGAGAGUGAACGUGAGCGAAGUGGUAAAAGAAGGAAGCCAUCUGGGGCCAUAUCAAGUCAAGAAGGCCACCAGUUAGAAGACACAAACAGUGCGUUGAUAUCAGCCGUGUCUAGUUCUGGGAACUUUGCUAUCGAUCGUCCCUUUCUUUCUUCUGCAUCAUCCCAGCACUCCUUCUUCCCUCCUCCUGAUGAGCAAGCCCUCCCGCCCACCAACACAAAUGCCAAUGCAUCUACAGAUUCCAUCAAAGCCAUUGCCUCUAUUGCAGAGAAAUAUUUUGGUCCAGGUUUGAUUGGUCUCCAUCAGGAGAAGAAGAUGGGUCCAUUGCCCUACCAUUCCAUGUUUCCCUUUCAGUUUUUGCCCAACUUCCACAACUCCCUUUAUCCCUUCAGCGCUGAUCGAGGUGCCCUCAAUCCUAGCAUGUUCUUCAAAGCAGAGCCCAAGUCACCUCGCGAGCAGCUGCACAAGAUGGUUUCUGGUGCCCCAGGAGCUCCUGCUUCCACAGGGGAGUCCCCGUUUGAUCUCACCACAAAGCCCAAGGAGACCAAAUUAGCUCCUCCAACCCCAACAAACCCUUCAAACCUUAGUAGUACUGGGAGCAGUAGUGGACAUUUAGUAAUAUCUAGCGGUGAAGAACAGCCAUUGGACCUCAGCAUUGGUGGCCGGAGCCGAGGUGGUCAUAAUGGUGUGGCAGCUGAGCCACAAAAUAGAAAGAACCAUAUCUUUGGCAUCGGAAAGGGGGUGUCCAUCAAGGAUGAAACCCCAUCUGGGUUUCCACACGCCCAUUCCCAGUUGUUGCCCCAAUCCUCCAUCGCCCAGCACCAGCAGCCCCAGGCACAGCCACACCAGCCACCACCCCUUCACUACGCCAAGCCCUCAGCAUUCUUCAUGGACCCCAUAUACAGCAGGGUGGAGAAGAGGAAGCUACUCGACCCCGUAGGAGCUCUGAAGGAAAAAUUCCUUAGGCCCUCACCGCCACUCUUCCAUCCACAGAUGUCAGCCAUGGAGAACAUGACAGAGAAGCUGGAGAGCUUUGGCGCUCUAAAACUGGACGUGCCGCCCAAUUCGCUGCAACACGCUCAUCCACUGUUCAACUUCCGCUCACCGCCACCCUCCCUCUCAGACGCCAUCCUCCGCAAGGGCAAGGAGCGUUACUCCUGCAGGUAUUGUGGGAAAAUAUUCCCUCGUUCUGCAAACCUCACCAGACACUUGCGGACACACACAGGGGAACAACCCUACAGGUGUAAAUACUGUGACCGCUCGUUCAGCAUCUCAUCCAAUCUUCAACGCCACGUCCGCAACAUCCAUAACAAGGAGAAACCCUUCAAGUGUCACCUGUGCAACCGCUGCUUCGGUCAGCAAACCAACCUCGACCGCCAUCUCAAGAAGCACGAGCAUGAGAACAUUCCUGUGAGCCAACAGUCCGGGAUGCUUUCCAACCUAGGAACCACCAUCUCCUCCCCAAACUCCGAGCCAGACAAUCAUGCACUUUUAGAUGAGAAGGAGGACUCAUACUUCUCAGAAAUCCGCAACUUCAUUUCCAACAGUGAGAUGAACCAGGCCUCCAGCUCCUCGGACAAGAGAUCAGACCAGGCUGAGGAGGAACGCCCACCCAGCCACAGUUUGUCCAACUCCAAGCUAAGGCUCCAGGGGCUGGAGGAGGAGGAAGAGGAAGUGGAGGGCGAUGAUGAGGAGGAGGAGGAAGGCAGCCUAACAGAGAAGUCUCACGACGAGGCGCCAGAGUCCCCGUCUCCCGUCACAACAGGAGUGUAUGAGGAGGACGAGGAGGAGGAAGAGACGGAGACGGCUCCGUUAGCUAUGAGCUAUGAACACACUCGCAGGCUUAUGCAAUGAUGCUGUCUCUCUCGGAGAACAACCCUUUGCACGCGCCCUCCCAGAACUCUCUGGACGCUUGGCUGAGCAUGGGAGGUGGACCGUCUGAGACGAGCAGCUUUCACCCACUCAACCACAUCUAGACAGAGAGAGAGAGAGAGAGAGAGAGAGAGAGAGAGAGAGAGAGAGAGAGAGAGAGAGAGGGAAGUGGGAGGAAGAGUAGGAGGAACAUUAGUUUCACAAAUGGAUAGAAACAAGAGACUGAGUGGACAUGAGUAGUGAGAAACGUGGAGGCCAGAGAAGAAUUCAGUGUCACAUACAUUCAAGAUAGAAAGAAUAUGUUGGUGUGGAUAUGUGUGUUCAUUUGUGUGUGUGUGUGUGUGUGUGUGUGUG